AGCACAGCUCCGACAAUUCAUUUAUUCUCCAAUUGUCGCGGAGUGAGGGCAGAAAACUACGCCAUGAGGCUCCUGAGAAGAGCCAGGUGACAUGCCGUUCAUUAUAAGGGGAAGACCCCUGAGGGGGGCACAGAAUGCCGGCAACAAAAGGACCACUCCCUCCGCUGAUCCCUGGUCAGAGAGCUACACCCAUCUGCACCAUCCACCUGAUUCGCUGCAGGCCCCGCCCAGCACCGGGAAGCCCAUCGGCUCCUCUUCUGGCCUCUUCGGAGCCAACAGUGGUAGUCAGGACCCCGGGGCCACUGGUACCGGUGUCAGCACGGUCAUCGCUUGGCAUGCCGCCAUUAGUGCUGCUCGCCAAGCGCAGGGCGAUGUUGAAAAGCCCGACAUGAGGCCACAGCCCUCAGUUUGCACCACUGUACCAGCUCCUGCAGGAUCACUGGCGCAGAGGAAGAGGCAGCAGUACGCCAAAAGCAAAAAGCAGGGAGGAUCUACCAACAGCAGGCCGCCCCGAGCUCUGUUCUGCCUCACCCUCAACAACCCAAUCCGCAGGGCCUGCAUCAGCCUGGUGGAGUGGAAACCAUUUGAUAUAUUUAUACUGCUGUCUAUUUUUGCCAACUGUGUGGCCUUAGCCAUCUACAUCCCCUUCCCUGGAGACGACUCCAACUCUACCAACCAAGAACUGGAAACAGUAGAAUAUGCCUUCCUGAUCAUUUUCACUAUAGAGACAUUUCUGAAGAUUAUUGCCUACGGCCUGGUCAUGCACCAAAACUCCUACGUCAGAAACGGCUGGAACAUGCUGGACUUUGUCAUCGUCAUAGUGGGGUUGUUUAGUGUGGUUCUGGAGAUGAUAACAAAAGAUGCUGACUCGGGCGGCCAGUCUGGAGGCAAACCCGGGGGCUUUGAUGUCAAGGCCCUCCGAGCCUUUCGCGUGCUACGACCCCUUCGCCUUGUCUCUGGAGUUCCUAGUUUACAGGUCGUUUUAAACUCCAUUAUUAAAGCCAUGGUUCCCCUUCUCCACAUCGCUCUGCUGGUCCUCUUUGUCAUUAUCAUCUAUGCCAUCAUUGGCCUGGAGCUUUUCAUUGGCAAAAUGCACGCCACAUGCUACAUAAGACAAACAGGUGCGCUCGCGGAGGAGGAGGCCACGCCAUGUGCUGUGUCUGGUCAUGGCCGCCACUGUAUGCUCAACGGUACAUUUUGCAGAGAGGGCUGGCAAGGCCCUAACAACGGCAUCACAAACUUCGACAACUUUUUGUUCGCCAUGCUCACUGUGUUCCAAUGCAUCACCAUGGAGGGCUGGACCGACGUUCUAUACUGGAUGAAUGACGCAAUGGGAUUUGAGCUGCCGUGGGUCUACUUUGUCAGUUUGGUCAUCUUUGGAUCCUUCUUUGUUCUCAACCUUGUUUUGGGAGUGUUGAGUGGAGAGUUUUCCAAAGAGCGAGAGAAGGCCAAGGCUCGGGGAGAUUUUCAGAAGUUACGAGAGAAGCAGCAGUUAGAGGAAGACCUGAAAGGAUACCUGGACUGGAUCACGCAGGCAGAGGACAUCGACCCGGAGAACGAUGAGGAGGGAGACGAGGAGGGCAAGCGUAACCCGAGCAUGCCCAGUGAGACAGAGUCGGUGAACACCGAGAAUCACAACGGAGAGGAUAACAAAUCCCCCUGCUGUGGGCCGCUGUGUCGUCAGUGGAGGCGAUGGAACCGUUUCUGCCGCAGAAAGAGUCGAGCAGCCGUAAAAUCUGUGACGUUUUAUUGGCUGGUCAUCAUCUUGGUGUUCCUCAACACUCUCACCAUCGCCUCUGAGCACUACAACCAGCCAGACUGGCUGACGGAAGUACAGGAUGUAGCCAACAAAGUUCUCCUGGCGAUGUUCACAUUGGAGAUGCUGGUGAAGAUGUACAGUUUGGGCCUGCAGGCAUACUUUGUGUCCCUAUUUAACCGCUUUGACUGUUUCGUGGUGUGUGGAGGCAUCGUAGAGACCAUCCUGGUGGAGCUGGCUGUCAUGUCUCCGCUGGGCAUCUCUGUAUUCCGUUGUGUACGACUUCUAAGGAUAUUCAAAGUCACACGUCAUUGGGCGUCUCUCAGUAAUCUGGUGGCGUCUCUGCUAAACUCCAUGAAGUCCAUCGCCUCCCUGUUGCUGCUGCUCUUUCUCUUCAUCAUUAUUUUCUCCCUGCUCGGCAUGCAGCUUUUUGGGGGAAAGUUCAACUUUGACGAGACUGUGACCAAAAGGAGCACGUUUGAUAACUUCCCCCAGGCCCUGCUCACUGUGUUCCAGAUCUUGACAGGAGAAGACUGGAAUACGGUGAUGUAUGACGGCAUCAUGGCGUACGGUGGUCCCGCGUCUUCUGGAAUGGUGGUCUGCAUUUACUUCAUCAUUCUCUUCAUCUGUGGAAACUACAUUCUACUGAACGUCUUCUUGGCCAUCGCUGUGGACAACCUGGCAGACGCAGAGAGCCUCAACACAGCACAGAAGGAGGAAGAGGAGGCCAAGAAGAGGAAGAAUAGUAUCAAAGAAGCGAGCACAGACAAGAAGAGAGUUGCUAUAAUAGACAUCAAGGAUGGAGACACCAAGUUGCCAGCAGAGGCGUUGCUGGAGGAAGACAAGGAGACGUAUCCUGCCAUCGACACUCCAGGAGGGGAUGAAGAAGAUAAUGAAAACCUCCCAGAAGUCCCGUUGGGGCCCCGCCCCCUGAGGCUAUCUGAACUCAGCAUCAAAGAAAAGACUCCGCCCAUCCCGAAGGGCAGCGCCUUCUUUAUCUUUAGUAGCAUUAACCCGUUUCGUGUUUUCUGCCAUAAACUGAUCAACCAUCACAUCUUCACCAAUCUCAUCCUGGUCUUCAUCAUGCUCAGCUCGGUCUCUCUUGCUGCUGAAGACCCCAUUCGCAACUCUUCUGCUCGCAAUAUCAUACUUGGUUAUUUUGACUAUGCUUUCACCGCAAUCUUUACUGUUGAGAUCCUGUUGAAGAUGACAGCGUUCGGAGCUUUUCUUCACAAAGGGGCGUUCUGUAGAAACUACUUCAACCUUUUAGACCUGCUGGUCGUUGGCGUGUCUCUGGUAUCGUUCGGCAUCCAGUCCUCUGCUAUCUCAGUGGUGAAGAUUCUCCGUGUUUUGAGAGUCCUUCGUCCACUCAGGGCCAUCAACAGAGCCAAGGGACUAAAGCACGUGGUCCAAUGUGUGUUUGUGGCCAUCAGGACCAUCGGCAACAUCAUGAUCGUCACAACACUGCUGCAAUUCAUGUUCGCCUGUAUCGGAGUGCAGCUCUUUAAGGGUAAAUUUUAUCGUUGCGCCGAUGAUGCAAAGUCCAGCCCAGAGGAAUGCAAAGGUACCUUCAUUCUCUACAACAACGGGGACAUGGCACUGCCAAUGGUGAAGGAGAGGAUCUGGUACAACAGUGACUUUAACUUUGACAAUGUCCUCAUGGCCAUGAUGGCUCUUUUUACCGUCUCCACUUUCGAGGGAUGGCCCACUCUGCUCUACAAGGCCAUCGACUCUCACAAGGAGAACAUGGGUCCGAUCUACAACUACCGCAUUGAGAUCUCCAUCUUUUUCAUCAUCUACAUCAUCAUCAUCGCCUUCUUCAUGAUGAACAUCUUUGUCGGUUUCGUCAUUGUUACCUUUCAGGAGCAGGGGGAGAAGGAAUACAAGAACUGUGAGCUGGAUAAGAACCAGCGUCAGUGCGUGGAAUAUGCUCUUAAAGCUCGUCCUCUCCGGCGGUACAUACCCAAAAACCCUUAUCAGUACAAGUUCUGGUAUGUGGUGAACUCUACUGGCUUUGAGUACGUCAUGUUUGUCCUAAUCAUCCUCAACACCCUGUGUCUGGCCAUUCAGCACCAUGGUCAGUCUCAUCUGUUUAACUAUGCCAUGGACAUCCUCAACAUGGUCUUCACAGGAGUUUUCACCGUGGAGAUGAUCCUCAAGCUCAUCGCCUUUAAACCCAGAGGCUAUGUCGGGGACGCCUGGAACGUCUUCGAUGCUCUGGUCGUGAUUGGAAGUGUAGUCGACAUCAUACUCAGCCAGAACUAUUUUGCUGAUGCAUGGAACACGUUUGAUGCCUUAAUUGUUGUGGGUAGCGUGGUUGACAUUGCCAUCACUGAGAUCAAUUCGACAGCCAUUCCAGUCGUCAAGGUGAUAGUGGAGCCCGGGAAUACCGAGGACAGCGCUCGUAUCUCCAUCACCUUCUUCCGCUUGUUCAGAGUGAUGAGAUUGGUCAAACUUCUGAGCAGGGGGGAGGGCAUCAGGACUCUGCUGUGGACCUUCAUCAAGUCCUUCCAGGCUCUUCCCUAUGUUGCCCUCCUGAUAGCCAUGCUGUUCUUCAUCUAUGCUGUAAUUGGGAUGCAGGUGUUUGGGAAAAUAGCCAUGGUGGAUGGAACACAAAUCAACCGCAACAACAACUUUCAAACUUUUCCUCAAGCUGUCCUGAUGCUCUUCAGGUGUGCCACUGGAGAGGCCUGGCAAGAUAUCAUGCUGGCUUGUCUGCCGGGGAAACUGUGUGAUCCAGAGUCGGACUACAACACCGGAGAGGAGAGAACCUGUGGCAGCGGCUUCGCUAUAAUCUACUUCAUCAGCUUCUACAUGCUCUGUGCUUUCCUGAUCAUCAACCUGUUUGUUGCUGUCAUCAUGGAUAACUUUGACUAUCUGACCCGGGAUUGGUCCAUUCUGGGACCGCAUCACCUGGAUGAGUUCAAAAGGAUCUGGUCUGAAUACGACCCUGAAGCAAAGGGCAGGAUAAAGCACCUUGAUGUGGUGACUCUGCUGAGGAGGAUUCAGCCUCCGCUGGGCUUCGGCAAGCUCUGUCCUCACAGAGUGGCCUGUAAGCGUCUGGUGGCGAUGAACAUGCCCCUCAACAGUGAUGGGACGGUCAUGUUUAAUGCCACCUUGUUCGCUCUAGUCCGCACUGCUCUCAAAAUUAAAACUGAAGGUAACCUGGAGCAAGCCAAUGAGGAGCUCAGAGCUGUUAUUAAGAAGAUCUGGAAGAGGACAAGCAUGAAGCUGCUGGACCAAGUGGUGCCCCCUGCAGGCGAUGACGAGGUAACAGUGGGGAAGUUCUAUGCCACAUUCCUGAUACAGGACUACUUCAGGAAGUUCAAGAGGCGCAAAGAGCAAGGUCUUGUAGGAAGGCACUCGUGGGAGAGGCUGAACACAACCAUGGCUCUUCAGGCCGGCCUGCGCACGCUGCAUGACAUCGGACCAGAGAUCCGUCGAGCCAUAUCAUGUGACCUGCAAGGGGCGGGGCUAGUAGAGGCUGAUGGAGAGGAAGAAGAGGAAAUAUACAGGCGUAAUGGAGGCCUUUUUGGUAACCAUGUCAACCACAUGGGUGGAGAUCAGCAAGGCUACUCUCACCCGACCACCGUCACCCAGCGACCGCUACAGAUCCUGCCCUUCUCCUGCGGGGGCUCCACCGACCCAACCCACACAGACAGGAGAGCCAGUGAGGGGGAUAUGAACGCUUCACCUAUCCAGUACAACCAUCAUUAUCACUCCCCCCAUCCCUAUAACAACCCUCACUGUAUUCCCACCUGCCAUCAAUCGCCAAUCCCCUCCAAUGCCAACCUCAACAACGCCAACGUGCCCUCGCUUCCCUCCAUGGCCAACGGGAGGCAGCAGAAGUGUUUGUUAGGACGAGACCGUCCUUCCUCUGUCAAAAACAGGUCAUCAGUGUCCACCUACAGCAGAGGAGUACACAACAAGCUUUGGAAGUCACACUCCACAAGGACACGCUACUAUGAGGCCUACAUUAGGUCAGAGAGCAGCAGUGGGCUCUACCCCACCAUUCGUCGAGAGGAGUCAGGAGGCGGAGACAGCGAUGAAGAUCGAGGCUCAGGAGAGUACUUCAGUGGGGAAGAGUUUCAGGAAGACGACAUCAUGGUCACAAAGGACAGAUCGUUCAACAGGGACCAACGUGAUGCAGAAGCAGACCUUGAUCACAUGGUUUCGAGGGGUGACCAACAGCUUGAUGGUUACUAUGACGAUGACCAACAGCCCAUCUACCAAGACGACAGCCGGUCACCCAGGAGAUGGCUCUUACCCUCGCCUCAAGCCUGCACCAGACCAACGUUCAAUUUUGAGUGUCUUCGCCGAAGAAGCAGUCAGGAUGACGCCCCUCUCUCUCCAUCCUGCACAGCUCUUCCACUACACCUUGUACAUCAACAGGUGAUGGCAGUGGCUGGUCUCGACGCCAGCAGAAUUCACCGCCGAUCUCCGACGCGAUCGCUCCGCUCCUGGGUCACGCCUCCUGCCUCGCCCAUCAACCGGGACUGCUCGCCCUGCUACACACCUCUCAUACAGGUGGACUGGCGCAGUCCUGGCAGCGUGGGUAGCCUCCCCGGAGCGGUGAAGAGAAGUUCUUGGUAUACAGACGGCCAAGAUGGUCCUCCUAGCCGCAGUCGCUCUCCGUCCCACCUGCAGCUCCCCGCAGAGUGCUGCUCUGCCUUCUUGCAGAAGAGAGGCAGCGCCAUCAGUGUGGUCGAAGCUGUGUUGAUCUCCGAGGGUCUGGGGAAAUAUGCAAGGGACCCCAAGUUUGUGACAGCUACCACACACGAAAUCGCAGACGCCUGCGAAAUGACCAUCGAUGAGAUGGAGAGUGCUGCCACUAACCUGCUGAAUGGCAGUAUAGGUAGCUGCAGCACGGGGGCGACGGGCAGCGAGGGCUCGGACUCGCUGGCCGCCUCGCAGCUCAGAGACAGCAGUAUCCGGGACUACAGCGACGAGGAGCCCUGCGUGGCUCUGAAAUGCGAGGAGGACCUAACAGAUGAGAUGAUAUGCAUCACAUCCCUAUAGCAGCGGCUCACACUAGAUUAUUUAGGUUUUUUCAAUUGAAUUUCGACAACCAAUCCACCGUGAGGGGAUGUCUCAGUUCAUGAGAAUCCUGCGGAAAAUGUAAAAUACGGAGGGAUAAGAGAACAAAGUGCCUUGUUUUCUCUUUCUGUGGAGUGGAGACGCAGAGAUAAACAUAUGGUUGUAUGGGAGAGCUGAGAUUAAGUCAGCAAAUAUUGAAGCCAGAGAGACUUCAUCUCCUCGCCAGCCUGCCCUCCUUUAGCAGGAAUUCAGGAUACUCCUUAGAGGGUGUUUUUUUUAACGGUGGUUUGAAACAGAAUAACCUGCCAGCCUCGCAAAGCCAGCCAAAAGCUCAUAAAAGUUAGUUUGCCCAAAAAUGUACUUUAAAAAAUAGCUGCACAGCUUGGUAAAAUACUGGGAGUUAAUGUGCUUGGUUAUUCACAUUUUGUAUUUGUUUGGCUCUGUACUACAGCUCAUUGUUGUUAAAAUCAAGCUGAAACUUUGAUUUGAGGAUUUGCAUAUUGAGUGAACAAUAGCAGGAUUGUUCUGAUACAUAAUUGAGGAGUUGUGGGACCAUGUUUAAACAUGAACAGCAUUCCUACACUGUAAAACAGAGUGUCAUACUGAUGUUUGAAAGAGUGAUGCUGUCUUUGCAAAGCUGCUUUUGUCCUGCUGCAAAAUGUCUUGUCCUAAGUCCUUGUUUUCAGAUGGGAGAUUCAUGUCAUAUAUAUAUAUAACGUGUGAUUUUAUAAAAAAAACCUUUGAUGGUCACGAUAACAGACCUUGGUCACUCACAUUACAUUUUGGCCUCCUAUGUCUUGAAUUAACACAUAAAAGGUGAAUAAAACUAAUUAUAUUUUUCUUUUGUUCAUUUGUUUUAGCCAUUGUCAGUCCAGCGCUACACUCUGAUCUGAGUCCAGGUGUUUCAGGGUUAAGCAUAGCUCGUCUCGGUAAUUCACUUGGAAAGGAGAUCACAUAUCAUGGAAUAAAAACUUUGUCCUCAGGCAUAUCCUUCUGUUUUGCACAUUGAUAUGAAACACAAAAACUGUGUGUAUAGAAUACUCUCCACCCUUUACUGUACCAACAUUUUACUUGCUUGAAUUCUUUAAAUACCCUAAAAUAGAGGAAGAUGUUGUAGUUUGUAAACUGUUUCCUUUAUGAUCUUUAAAGGGGCCCCAUUAUGCUUGUUUGGGUUUUCUCAUUCCUGUAGUGUGUUAUAUAGGUUUCUCUGCAGGUAGGUGGUCUGCAAAGGCUAACAUCCCAAAGUUCCCUCCAUAGGAAAUUUCUCUCCCACACACCUUAAAAUAAGCAUAGUAGCGCCCCUAUUUUUUAUCCGAGCUCCUUAGAGACCGUGAGGAGAGACCAUUUCAUUGUUACAAACUCAUCCACAAUAUGCAAAGACUCACUAACCCAGACCGAUAUGAAAAUGGACAAACAUGAGUCAGAUCAUGCUGUAGAGGGUUUUUUUUGUCAAUGGCAUAAAGAAGGAUGAUGCACAUUAGACAGGUAUGUAAACGUGCUGCAUGAGGCAUCAAGUGGUAAUCUGUUGUAAAUGAAUCAUCUAGACAAGAAAAACAAGUAUCCCGAGUUUCUUGCCUGCGUCGCUCAAAGCUUUGCUUCCAGGCUAUUUAGUUUCACCUGAAAAAAAAUUAAUUUCUCGGCAUUCAUUUGGGAACAUGAUGAGUCAAUUUACACACACAGAUUUCUAGGUUUGACAGAUAUAUAAUAUGUGACUCACUGACGGUUAAAUGCCAUACCAGAACUCUCAUAAAACAUUAUUCUUUAUUAUUUAUGUGUGUUUCUGACUGGAAUGAUUAAUGUCAGCUCCUGCCUUUUAUUUCUAUUUAUUUUCAACACUUAUGUGAGUGCUCAACACGUCGAAAACAGCGGCUGUCUGUGAAGGGAACCUACAUAACCUACUUGUAGAUAAAACUAAUGUAAAAAGCAUCUAGUCUUUUGUCUACCACUGCCAACAAGGUCUUCAGGUGUAUUUUUACAAACUACAACAGUUUGUGGCUGCAGGGCAAUCUACUUUUUUGUUUCCUUCAAUCUAAUACUGUUGUCAGGGCAUGUUUGAUCUGUGCAACCAAAGGGCUUCAAAUAUAAAACCAAAAGCAAGAGAUCAUUAAGUGCAUUUACAUGCACUUGAAUAUUCAAUUAUUAUUCCAGAUUUGUUUCCAUUAUUUAUUUCUUGUCAAAAAGUAUGUGGAUUAUUGUGUACAAUAAUGACAAAAUGGUUCAUGCCAAUAUUGAAAAGUUAUUUUCUUGCAUACACUUUAUAGUGAAUAAACAUUCCAUUUAACCUGAGCUUUAUAUGUCCUGUAAAUGCGCUCAUUCCUUGAUUGGCCAACACUGCUGGUAAAUAUGACUUUACCAGCUGCAUGUAAAUUGUGUUUAACUAAGAAUGAAUGGGUCAUACUAAUUGUUAUUACCUCACUUUCCGGAUGUAUUGGUCAAAAUGUCAGGGAAACUAAGAGAAAGAGGCUGCAUUUACACAAAAUUGAAGAGGAAAAAAAAGAACGUUUUAAGUUUUAAUUGUGAAACUCAAGUCAGCUCAGUGUUUGACUGACAGGUGAAUAAGAACCAGUGAGAACUGACCAACCAACGUUAAGAAAUACAUUUAAAAUCUAUACAUUUUGUGUAAAUGCAACCAAACUAUGCUGACUUAAAAAGAAAUGUUUAGAGUAAUUAAGAUCAUGUUAAAAGCCAUAUUACUCACAUGCUUUAGGAAGAACCUGUGAUGGAAAAAACAGAUCAUUCUUAACAGAACAAACCCAACAUUUUUGUAAUUCAGUGUUUGAUCAUUUAAUUACUGCCAACAACACCAGAAAAUAUAAUCAUCUGCUGUUUAUUCAUCUAUUCAGUUGCAUUUAGACUUUUUUUUUUGGUACUGUUCCCCUGCCGUACAGAUGUCCAUGUAUACAAUCUGUACAGUGUUUGUAAAAAUAAAAAAAUCAGCUUUCUACCCAUUUGUUGUAUGGAAAUUAAACAAUAUAGCUCUAUCUACUUGUAGCAUAAGUUCUAGUACCUUAUAGAUUUUGUACCAAUGAAAAUCAAACACUGUUUUGUACAUUUGAAAUCUUGACAAUGAACCUGCUGAGAUUUUUUUUGUAAGGAUCACUGAAUAAA